AUGGAGAUAUCUACAAGGUGGUUGGGAAGAUCCCCGGCCAUUGGCUCUCAUCUUGAGAGCUGUGCCUCCUACCUCCAUAAUAUGGUUGGGUCUCAUCUUGAGAAAUUACCACAAAGAAGAUUCUCUACAAGGUGGUUGGGAAGAUCCCCAGCCAUUGGCUCUCAUCUUGAGAGCUGUGCCUCCUACCUCCAUAAUAUGGUUGGGUCUCAUCUUGAGAGCUGGUCCUCUUGA